AUGCGACACGGUGGUACGUGCGACACGCCGAAGGCUCCUUCCGAUAUGUUGGCCGUCAACACGGACGUGGUAGCUGUUGCACCUCCGGGUAGUAGUAAUCUUAGUACCCUGGUCCAGGUAGAACAACACGGGCAACAAGUUCCCCCUGCUUACCAAGAAUGCACGACUUCCUUUGGUGGAUUUCUGGACGGCCCCGACUGGGAUGCGCCCGAAACCAAGGCGGCGCUCGAGAAAUUGGAAAAAGAUCCGGAGUACCAGUACUACCAGAGAUGCCAAAAACAGUACACGAGCAGCAUAGAGGCGAAGAACAUCGCCCCGCCGUGGGAUUU